AUUCACCUAUGCCAGCGGACACAUUUGGCUUUUUCAUUGAUCAUCUGCGCUGCCCUCCAGUCAUUCUUCCAUGGUAUACUUCUUCUUCAAGAACUCGAUCUAUUGGAAGGCCUGGUGUCCUGUUGCUGUCCAUCACCAAUUCUCCAUCACCACUACCCGUAGACCAUUCUGCCUAG